AGUCACACUCCAGACCAAAUAGCAACUGCGAGCGGUUUCAGGACAAAGUUGAGGAAAAAAAAGCAAAGUGUCGCACUUUUUCUGAGGGUAAGGAAAUGUUAUACUCCGAUUACCUUUAUUUACUUUUGGCUCGCUCGUGCCUUCCCGCGUGGUAUCUAAAACUAUCUGUCUGGUCAUUGUGUUUAUUCCGAUUAUACGUUUAUUUUAUUAUAAGAUGGUUCUUCUGUAUAUGCUGUAUUUUAUCGUCUGUUCUAGGCUUCACUUCACCACGGGAAGUUUUCUCCCUCGCAGUUUGGUUUAUUGCUCGGUCCGAGGAGGAGCUUGUCGAGACUUCUACUAAUGAAAAUCAGAUGUUUUCUGCCAGCCAACUCGGUAGCCAAAUUGCAGUAUAGACAGAUGCACAAUGUUGGUGUAGUUAUUCAUGAGGGCUACUCAAUGUCUGCCUACAACCCAUGUUUGGGAAACAAACCCAACGCUCUAAUCAGAAAACGUAGCCUACUCCUUCCUUUCUCUUACAAAUAUCAGAACAUAAUGUUACGCGGCUUGGGGGUAUUGAAGAAGGAUACAGUUAGUGCGCAAUGAGAACCCGCUCGACAGCCUGGGUAAGGUUUAGAGAUACUCUACUUGCUGCAACCUGUGCCCAAACUAUUUGUUGGCUGACGGCACAUUUCUGCAACCACUUCACAGGAGUGUGAAAGCCAGCGAAUGACCAUGACUUCCCAAACCGGAUACUCCAGUAACAUGAUGUUCCAGUCCAUCAGCAACGACCUGAACGCCUCGCUGGCGACGGCUGACGAGCUGUCCCGAGAGUUCAACUCCAUGAUGCAUGAGGCCACCCCCACUCCUCCGCAGCCUGGCUACCAGACCUCCUCCCUCCUCAACCCCGCCGCCGCCACCGCCUACUCCUCCUCCACCUCCUCGAUACCCAGAGACAGGCCCAUGUCCGUCGCUCCGUCCAUGACCGCCGCCGCCGCCUCGAGCACCGCCUCCCGCUCGGACUCCAGCUCCAGCGUCCCCUCCUCCGCCUACUCCAGCUCCUACACCGGCUCGUCCUCCACACCCAGGAUCUCCUGCCCCCAGGCGUCCAGCCAUGUGUCCUCCGUCGGCGUCCGGAGCUUCUCCUCCUCCUCCUCCUCCUCCUCCCUCCCCCCCCCCCCGCCCGCACGACGCUCUCAUCGCCACCAGCAGCAGGAACCGUCCUUUGACCCCAACACCCCGCUCAAACGCUACCCCGCCACCUUCACCUACGCCCAGCAGCAGCAGCAGCAGCAGCAGCAGCAGCAGCAGGUCAGCCCCAACCAGUCGCCCCGGUCCGGGCGCCGCAACCGUAGCCCCCGCAGCCCCCGCAAGUCCCCCAGAUACAUGGAAAGCAGCCCCGCCCCCAGCCCCACCGGCGCCGCCGGCUUUGACCAAUGGCAGCACGGCACCGCUCAGCCGAUGCACCCUUCCGGUGGUCUGCGGGUGCCGCACGACACGGGCUCGAUGGGUCGGAGGUCGCCCGGCGGCGACAGGAGCUCCUCCCCGCGCCCGUUUGGCGGCGGCGGCGGCCCCUUCCUCGCUAGCACGCUGCCGCGCAACUUUGGAGGCGUGAAGCACAAUGAGGAGGGUUUGCAGCAGCAGCAGACUACUGGCAGGUGGAACGAGACAGAUCUGGAUGCCUUCUCUUCUAAUAAGAAACAUCACCACACCUACGACACGUCGGAGUGGAUGAGGCCGGUGGUGCCCGGCAGCGGCUGGAGGGAGUCCAACCUAGACGGGCCCACGCCGGCCCCCGCCCAAAAGAAGGACUCUCUGUCGGGCUUCAACUACGGGCAGGGCUCGCUCCCGCGCAACACGCGCAUCGCAGUCCCCCCCGAUCCGCUGCCCCCCCCGCACUACCUGGCCCAACCAAUCGUAAGCCGCAUCUCGAUCCCCCCGGCCAACGCCAGGCCGCGCCAGCGCAAGCCCAUCCCGCUGUCGGUCAUCAUGCGCCUGCAGAACCCCAACUGGGCUGGGGAACCCAUGGCCCAUCCUCACGGGCUGGGGAUGGCUGGAGACUUCCCGAUGGCCCCGCCCUCAGUCCGAGAGAUCCCGCCCCCUUCUUCCUUGCAGCCCGCAUUCUACGCCGAAGUGCUGAACUCUGGUGACGUGGACGCAGAGCUAGAGAAGCUCGACCUGGUCCACUACAUGCCCCCCAUCCCAGAGACCUCACGCGGGUCGCCCCAGAGUGGUGCCGGCGAGGGGGGUGGGUCGCCCACAAAGGGUGCUGGCGAGGCGGGCCCCCCAGCCCUGGCCCCCAGGCCCCUCAGCCCCACGCGGCUGCAGCCCGUGGUGGCCCCGCAGGCGCACGCGGUCCACGACAUGGAGGAGGUGUUCCGCAUCCGCGCCGAGAUCCCCCGGGCGCUCAAGAGGCGGAGCUCCGUCGACCAGUCCCUGCCGCAGAAGAAGGCGUCCCAGUACCAGCCCAACCAGUACAAGCAUCUCAUCAACAAGCUGUUCCGCCGCACGGGGCGGCAGCAGCGCCCCGGGGGGGAGAAGGGCAGCGACUCCUCCGACGGGGAGGAGACGCCUUCCUCCCCUCCGGAGUCCCCCGUGGUCACACCCUCCCCCGCCUCCCCGGACUACCCCAGCUAUCACUCCAUCCUGCGGCGCAGCAAGAAGCAGAACAGGGCAGUGGGGCGGCGGGCGCACCUCAACCCCCUGGUGCUGCUGCUGGACGGGGCCCUGGUCGGGGAGCUGGAGACCGUCCAGAAGGCCGUUCAGGAGAUGAGUGAUCCCAGCCAGCCCAACGACGAGGGCAUCACGGCGCUCCACAACGCCAUCUGUGGAGGCCACUACAACGUUGUGGACUUCCUGGUUCGGAUCGGAGCCAACGUCAGCGCCCCCGACAGCCACGGCUGGACCCCGCUGCACUGCUCGGCCUCCUGCAACGACCGGCCGCUGUGUGAGUUCCUGGUCCGUAACGGGGCCGCCGUCAUGGCAACCACCGAGAGUGACGGGGCCACCGCCGCGCAGAAGUGUGACCCCUACGCCCUCGGGUUCGAGGAGUGUGAGAGCUUCCUCCGAGGUGUGGAGGAGGCGAUGGGAGCCGACAACAGCGGCGUGCUGUACGCCCUGUGGAGCUACCAGGGGCAGGCCGCUGACGAGCUGGGCUUCAAUGAGGGGGACAUGGUGACCAUCCUGCAGAAGGCCCAGGGGGUGGACUGGUGGUGGGCCUCGCUCUGCGGCCGCGAGGGCUUUGUGCCCAACAACUACUUUGGGCUCUUCCCAAAGGUCCGUCCUAAGUCUCUGUGUUGAUGCGUCUCUCUGGGCUCACGGAUCAGAGGACGACGUUGUCUCAUCUGGUGUUCUA